AUGUGGGUCAGUUUUGUAAUCUGCUGCAACUUCAUCAUCAUCGUCUUUGAAGCUAAUGCCGGCGUCGCAUGCGGCGACACUGUGGUUGGUUGCAUGCCAGUGUGGCUGAGCAUCUGCAACUACAUCUUCGUUGGGUUCUACACGGUCGAAAGCUGCAUCAUGCUCUUCGUCUACCGACGACGAAUGUGUCGAGACUGGUGGAUGAUAUUCGACAUCAUGAUCGUGAUUGUGGCCUGGGUAGAUGUGAUCAUCAGCACACUUGUGACGACGGCCGGGCUUCAAGAAGUGCAGCUUUUGCGUCUCUUUCGCAUUGCGCGGCUUGCGCGAGCGGCCAGGAUUGUCCACAUGUCGCCCGAACUCCAUGCCAUGAUCACCGGCAUCAUCAGCGCGCUGACCACCGUGUUCUGGGGGUUGAUCAUGGUCAUGCUGCUUCUGGCAGUUUGGGCCGUACUUGCGGUCGAGCUCCUGCACGGAUCGGCGCACAGAAUACACGGCAACAACGACCUGUGCCUGUCGGCCUUUGAUUCCGUCUACAGCGUGAUGCUCAUGUUCUUUCAGACCCUCAUGGCUGGUGAUAGCUGGGGAGAUUGUGCGGUCCCGAUGAUCCAGGACCAACCAUGGGCGAUCAUCAUCUUCGGUGGCUCCUUGCUCACAGUCCAGCUCGGUUUUGCGAAUCUCGUCCUCGCAGUGAUCGUGGAGCGUGCGCGGCAGGCCCACGAGGAGGAGCAGCGCCAGAACCUGAACGAACAGGUGAAGAAGCGUCGAGAUGCAGAGAAGCGACUCCUGGACAUGUGCAAGGCCAUUGAUGUGGAUCAAGACGGAAUCCUGACCCUCGAAGAGCUCAUGGAUGCGUAUGUCGAGAAUGAGGACUUCCGGAAGACGCUGACGCUUUUGGAGAUCGACGAGACUGACCUCCUUUGCUUAUUCGACUUGAUGGACGCAGAUAGAUCCGGUGAUCUGACCUACGAGGAGAUGAUCAGCUGCAUCCACAAGUCGGAGACGAACGACCUGAAGCGUCAGAUGAUGAUGGUAAAGCUUCAGGUGCAGGACAUCUGGCUCCGAAUUCGAGACACCUUCCUAACGCAGCAGGAGGACAUCAUCCGUGAAUUCAAGGGGGAGAUGACGAAGCCUUCGCUCUUCGACUCCCGAACGUACCUGAUCAGAAAGCUGACGGGCGAAAAUGCCACGAGUUUAAUGCGACGGACCCGCACGAUGCAGUCGCGCAUCAGUGAGGCCUACGAACGGGCUCAGUCCAUGCGGCAAGCGUCUUCUAUCCUACCCCCGGCACAAGCUGCACCACCGCCGUCGGGAGAGCUGCAGACAGAAGCUGGGACCGAGUUGUCUGCCCCAGUCUUCGCUAUCAGGCAGCUUCGACAUCACAUCAACGCGGAGCUCCAAAGGACACAAAACUGGAUCGACUUCGAGGUUCAGAGGUUCAUCUCUCACCAGUGGCCACCGGCCCCUGACGAUGCCAAAGAAGUUGCCAAGGAUGGUGCUCACAAGGACAAGGACACGAGCUUCAAAGACGGUUCCGGACACGUGGCCGAAAGUGCCGGCAUAGCACACCCAUAUAUGAAUGUCUCAUUUGUGGAGAAGAAGUCGGGUCACGUGAACAAGAAAAGAUUCGCCACGGACGUCGAAAAGCCAUUCGCCACGGUCCAAAAGCACUUCGCCACGGAUGUCCCCGAGACGGAGGGAGGAGAAGCAGGUGACGACGAACAAGCCGAAUGUGCCGCCAGUAAAUUUGAAGGAUGCCCAGAACUGGCACAAUGCCCAAAACCAGUGGGGUAUACACGACGGCGAGGACGUGACUCCAACGGGCCAAGUCCGGCUGUCUCCACGACAAGUGACGCCGAGUCGGCGCUAACGGUGCCUUGCCUGCUUGGAGGGGUUGUGACUCUUUAUGGCGUACAGUACUUGGGCACCUACGGAAACUCUCAUCAUCUGAUGCAGUUGCCAGGGACAGUGGUGGUGCAACGCCCGCCCUUGGACGCCAGGUCCUAUCUUUCCUUCAAGGAAGUCUGUGCAGGCAUCGGAGGAAUGACUCAGGGGGUUGUGUUGCUGGGUGGCCGCAGCACAGCCGUGAUGGACAGCAGUCCGCGGGCAUGCGAUGCCCUCAGAGCGCAGGGUACCACGGUCAUCACCGGUGACAUAUCCGACACAGCCGCACGCCAAAGCCUGCACAUGAUCGAAGCGGAGACAAGAUGCCUCCUUGGAGCCAGCCUUCCGGGUCCUGGGCCCUUUCGGGGUUUGUGUUCAGGGUCAGUUGAGGGUUGCACCCUUCUGCAGUCGGUGCUGUGCUUGGCAUGGCAUGCACAGGCAAGCGGUCUCGUCUUAGAAGGUGAUCCUGUUGUCAUGCAGAGCCCGGAGUGCACGAAGCUGCUUCGCGAAUUCUCAGUUAAAGCAGGUUAUCACCAGACCGAGGUGAUUCUUGACCUCGCCCAGCAGUGGCCCAUGCAUCAGGUCCGUUACUGGGCUGUGCUGCUCCCUGCGCACUUGCCUCAACUACACCUCACUGCCUGGUCCGAAGCAGAGAAACUCCGGAUCAUUCGCGAUGUUAUUCCGGAGUGGCCAAUUUGGCCUCACGCUAUUGAGCAGGUGCUACAAUGGACGGAAACCGAGAAAGCAGCAUUCGCGAGCCCCUCGUUUGGCCCCACCGACAGAACUUUGGAUCAGAAUAAGCCAGCCCCACCGGCCCACCAUUCUUGGGGCAAUGCCUUUCGACCCUGUCCCUGUGGUUGCCGCAGUGAGCCUUUCACUACCGAAGCCCUUCUGAAAACCGGACUUCGGGGACAAGGGGUGCCAUCGGCUCUCACACAGGAAAUGCGUUUCCCACAUGCCGAGGAAAUCGGUCUGCUGGCUGGACUUCUUCCCGGCCACCCGAUGCCAGGUGAACCGUGGGCUGCACUUUGCUUGGCCUGCCAGAUCACGUCGCCGAUGCAGGCACUUUGGGUUUUUGCGCACCUUAAGAAUUGGGCGUCAGCGGUGCAUGGUGGCCCUUCCUGCCGCCCACAGCAAGUGUUGCAUGAAUACCAGAGCAGGCUUCUUAAUGCACGACAGGACCAGUGGAUCACGCCCUCCAUCUUAGCAGGAGGCAGCAUCAUGUUGGAUGGUCCGGGCGGCCAUGUUGCAGUCCCUGUGAAUGGGCCCACGAAGGUAGGAGAACUUCUCCGAGCCUACAAGGCUGAUCUUGGACCAAGGUACAACCUGGUGAUCUCUGCCAAGCGCGCGCGGCGUGAGGCUUUGCCUGAGCCUCCUGCCCAAGCCAGCCAGCCUCCUGCCCCGCGUGCACUGCCCCAGCCAGCAAUGCCACUUCCCGUGGAAGCUUUACUGCUUCAGUGGCCCCCCAACCCAGCCGACAGCUGCACUGAUGUUGCUAUCUGGUGCGGUCUUUGGGAGCUUGUUCGAUCCAUCCCCGGAGCCUCGGCACUCAUACUUCCCCCAAAGAUUGCUGGAGCCCUUCUUGAAUUAGGUGCAGCUGACCAGCUUCGUCUCAAGCACCAUCCUGCCCUGGCCCUCCCGGAGGGCAUGCUGGUCUUUGUACCAUUUGUGCAUCAGGAACAUUGGACGUUGCUUGUGCUCAGCAUCUCAAAUGGCAGUGUCCUUGCUGAAGUCUUUGACGGGGUACCCGGCCGCAACCUUGUCCAGGCCAAGCAACUGUCAACGCUCCUUUGUGAAUUGGCCGGUCGCUCAUUGGCGACAGUGACUGAAUGCUGCACCUGGCCCCAGCGCACUCUGAAUGACUGUGGGGCCAUCCUACUAGCGCAUGCUGCAGGAAAAAUUUCCGGAACCAAUGACCCGGCACAACUGCAGGAAGCCCAAGCCUUCAUUGCCACCUUUCCACCUUUGCCGCACUGCUUGUUGGGCAGGGGCGGGCUGUCGUCUGAACAAGAACAGGCCCUUCAGACGCUGCUUGUGUCCAAAGGGGUGCCCUCGGCCAAGGUGGCCGCCAGACUUCAGCAGGCUGUUUCAAAGUUGGGUCCGGGCCCCAUAGCUGAGGCACUCCACAGCCGGAACCCGUGGCAAGCCCUCAAAUCUGCUGGAUCCCGCCCUGGCACUCUCUUCAAGUGGGUGCAACCGGAUGAGCUAGAGAUGCAUAUCGAACAGCGGGCUCAGGAGCGCUUCGGCACCGAGGAUUUGGCGUACCACAGGUGGAAUCAAACUCCGGUGCCGACAUGCAAAGGUGCCACCCGCCGUGACUUCCUCUGGCUUUCGCCAGAAGCCGCAGCCUUGUGUGCCCAGGUGUCCGUCAUUGAAGCGUUUCAGGAACAUGCCACUGUGGUGACAGGCUUUCGGCUUCCAAGCCAUUCUGCUCCGCGGUCCGUGUGGCCACUGCCUGCAGAGAUGCCUUGGCAUGAGGUCAGUCAGGAAGCGUGGCAUCAGCACGGGGACCAUCAGCCCAUCCCGCCGUGCUCCUCUGACCUCUGGUAUGCUCGUUUCGCAAAGGCGGUGGAACAGAGCCUCGAUGGCCACCUACCCUCCUUUCCCAACUCUCGCCCGCCAUCCUGCACAUAUGGCAGAGGUCGCCGCACAAAACCGCAGACCUCUCGAGACCCAGCUCCUCCUCUGCGCCCAAGCAGGCCCGGAGAGGCUCAACUAAGGCAUGACGGUUUGGGGUCUGAGGUUCGAAGAUGGUUUCAGCAGCUGCGUCGUUUGCAGUCGUUGAUGCAUUCAACACAGGCAGCCAACCCGGCCGCAUCUGCUUUGGCAUACCGCCUCUCCCUUUGGCAAUCCAUCAAGACUGCACGAGGAUUUCGCAAUGGAUUUCCAGCAUGGUGGUCCAGGCGACUGGUGCAACUUGUGGGCAGCCCAGCUUCAUUGCCUUUGUCGGUGCCUGCGGCCCCUUUGGCCAAAUUGCUGUAUGAAGAUUUUCGCUGCAACUUCCGCCGUCUUGAAGACUGGCACCUCCGCCGGCGCAUGCAGAUUUUGGAUGCCAAAUAUGAUAAGUCUCUGUCCCAGAUUUAUAGGGAUCUGCGAGAGCCUGCCCCGGAGCAGGUGGAUUCCCUUCAGGUGCGUCGUGACUACGCCAUUUUGGCUGUCGCACCCUCUUGCGAUCAAGUGCACCUGGACUCCCCGUUGGAUCGCCGGGGCUUCUCCACUUGGGCUGUCGACGGCGAUCCUGUGCGGAUCGGCUCUUGUGACGGUGACCUGUGCACCUUGACCGCUCCUGCAAGCCCAACCAGCAGCGUACUGGAGCAGGUACAGACGCUCUCAUCAGUUGCUGAUCUCUUUUCUGAAUUUAAGUCCCUUUGGGCACCCCGCUGGCAAUUGCACUCCACAACCACGUCCUCUGACUGGGACCGUUUUCUUCGCUUUGCAUCCGCCUUCCUGCCCUGCCACCGCCUUGUCUUGCCCGAGAUCACUGUGGAGGUGUGGACCCGUGCUGUCCGUCGCUUUAAGACCCGCGCUGCCCGUGGUCCUGAUGGCUGGGCCCGCCUGGACCUUUUGAAUAUGCCUCCGCAACGCACGCAGGAGCUUCUUCGUUUCCUGGCAGCGGUUGAGGCCUCCGAAAGGCCAUGGCCCAAACAAAUGGUCGUGGGCUUUGUCUGCCUCCUCUCCAAAGGGAACGGCCGGACCGAUGCUCAGGGAUAUAGACCCAUUUGCCUGUACAGCAUUGUCUACCGAACCUGGGCCGGCAUUCGCGCACGGCAAACAUUGGCAGCCCUUCAGCCACUCCUUCCUGAGGGAUUGUAUGGCUUUGUUCCCGGCCACGAGGCCACGGAACUCUGGUACUCGGUGCAACUGGAUGUUGAGCUUAGCUGUCAAAGCCAAGAGCCGCUAUUGGGGGUGUCAACUGACAUCAUCAAGUGCUUUAACCAUCUUCCCCGCCUGCCGUUGUUUGCUAUGGCGGCUAGAGUCGGGUUGCCGCCUACCCUCCUGUGCCCCUGGCAGGCCUUCCUUGCCACCACCGAGCGUCAUUUCCUUAUACGUGGCCAGGUCAGCGAGGGCAUCCUGUCCUCCUCGGGGUUCCCAGAGGGUUGCCCACUGUCACCCGUCGCGAUGGUCUUGGCUGACUGGGCUUUCCAUGCCUACAUGGCUGCGUUUGCCUCCCCUGCCAAAGCUUUGAGUUUCGUUGACAAUCUGAGCUGCACAGCACGUCGACCGGCACAGCUGUUACAGGCUUUUGGGGCUCUCUCUUGCUUCACUGACAUGCUCCAGCUUCCAUUGGACGCCGACAAAACAUUCGCCUGGGCAACAUGCCCCAACGAUCGGACUGUUUUGCGCUGCCUGGGAUACCCCGUGCUUGAGGCCGCCCGUGAACUUGGGGGCAUACAGUCCUUUGGGCCUCGGGUCCGCGACUUGGCCCUAAAGGAUAGAUGCGAGGCACUUGCACCACUGUGGGCGUCCCUGCGCCGCUCCAGGGCACCAGUCUGCAUCAAGCUGUUAACGCUCCCGGCCAAGUUUUGGGCAAGAGCACUCCAUGGCAUCUCCGGCUGCCCGCUCUCUGAUGCCCAACUAAGCCAGUUGCGGGCGGCAGCGACGACCGCGUUGCAGAUCCGACCAGGUGGCGUCAGCUCCCAGUUAAGACUUAGCAUCGCGACGCCAAUGACGGCGGACCCUGGCUUCUACCAGCUAUGGACUUGUGUGCGUGAUCUUCGCCGCAUGGCAGCCAAGCUGCCCAACUUUGCGCUGUCUUGGCGUCAAUUCAUGCAGGCACAGGAUGGCCGGCAGUUGCAUGGACCCCUGACAAAGCUCGUCGCGGUGCUUGCUCAGGUGGGCUGGUGCAUCUUAGAGCCACCACAGGUCCUUGACCACGAAGGACUGCAACACAACUUUGUGCAGAUGCCUAUGCCUUUGCUGCGCAGACUUCUUGAGCAUGCCUGGCUCCAGUACACAGCGCGCUGUCAUGUCCACCGCAAGGCUAUGGCUGAUCUGCGGGGACUAGACCCGGCAUUGCUGCGGGCUGACACAAAGCGGAUGUCGGCCCUGGACGCGGCGAGGUACGCCUCAGUCCGCGCAGGCGCCUUCUUGUUUGGUCAUCAACACUCACAGUUUGACCUGACUCAGACCGGUAUGUGUGAGCACUGCCAGGUGCCAGAUACCGUGGAACACCGCAUAUGCCAUUGCCCUCUCAACCGGGAGUUGCGCGAGGGUUAUCAGUGGGCGGUUGAUCGAUGGAGCACUUUGCCAAAGUCGCUCACCCAUCACCUACUGCCAGCAGCAAAUCCUUUCUUGCCGGCACUGCGCCGCUGCCUGCAUCAGAUUGUUGAUACGACGGGGGUUUUCUUCUGUUCAGGGUUUGGGUUGGGUUGGCAACAGCUCUUCACUGACGGUGCCUGCACCCAACAUGUGCAUCCCGACUUCGCUUUGGCUGGCUGGGGGUUGGUCCACGCCCAGCACCACACCGCAGUGGCCUGCGGCAUGCUACCAGGUAUUCUACAGUCAGCCCCGCGUGCAGAAAUCACUGCGAUGACGUCUGCAGCACGCUGGGCCUUGCAAACCGGACUCCCAUGCAUGGUUUGGACGGACGCGCUCAACGUGGCCAAUGGCGUGGCUGCAGUGCAGUCAGGCGGCACCAUGAAUGAGGAUGAGGAUGCAGACUUGUGGUCGCCGCUGACCGGCCUCUUAUCUCAGCUGGAGCCCAGCCGGUUUUUGGUUCGGCACACGCCCUCCCACCUGGACACGCAACUCACCGAGGGACCGUUCGAGGACUGGCUUGCGGGCUACAACGGUCAUGCCGAUGUUCUUGCAGGCAUAGCCACCAGAAAUCGGCCCCAGCUUUUAGUUGAGGCCUUCGAAGCGGCGAGCUCCUACUAUCAGGAUACCCUGGAAUUGCUGCGGGCAUUUCGGUCCAUCUUCUUCGGCAUCGCUGACAGACGACAGACCGCCCGUGGACGCACGACAGCUGCGGAGGGUGAUACCUGGGAGCCACGAGUCCCGACUCCGUGUACGGUGCCCAGACGAUUGGAGAUCGAGGCAACCCUGCCGCUGAACUGGAGCCAAACGUUGGCAACAAUUCGGAGUGACUUCCCCGUAGACUUCGUUCGCUCCAUCUGCGAGUUCAUUUUUCAGCAGGAUGCUAGUGCUACGGAGGCGUACGAGCUGUCAUGGCUGGAGUUGGUCUUUGCCCUUCAUCUUGAGGACCGAGCACAGUACCCGGUAAGCGGUCCAGAUGGAAAGUGGUGUUCAGCAAGUUUGCUAGCUUUUCGCCCUCCUGCACCUACUGUGGCGGGUCGGCUUAGUAUUAUUCGAAAGGCCAUGCGGCCGGUGCUGCACGGCUUGAAUCUUCAGUCGUUGAUGGUUCAGGGUAUCGAUCGUUCUGAUUUCGGCAUCGGUUUUAGGCUGGAUGGCCUUGUGGUUGGGGUCGAUUCUGAGCUUUUCCUUCGGGCCCGUGCAAGCCUCGGCCGCUUUGUACAGGGCAGGAGUGUCGGCACAAAGGCCGCACUUGCCAGGCCGAUCUAG